CAUUGAACAAAUAUUGCAGUGUGUUGGCUCCCAUGGAAUGAGCGGAUGUCGCCUUUACUGGAUUAAUGUACUGUAGGCGUAAUUGAUCAGGUAGCACAUUUCUGAUUGAACAAGACUUGAGAUACAACGACUUGUACAAUCAGUGAUGGAGGAGAAUGAGAGCCCUGUGGCUGGGAAGACUGAGGAGCAGUCAGGUAGUGUUCUUCUCACCUACUUUCAAGGAGACAUCAGCAGCAUGGUGGAUGAUCAUUUCUCCCGUGCUCUGAGUAACGCAACUAAACCAAAAAGAGAAUACUCCAAAAGCAAAAGGAACCGCAAAUCAUCUCAAACAAUAGGUGGGUAUGGAUCAAGUCCAUGGGAAGCACAUUCACACACAGGGAUUCAGUCCAUGUUUCCUCCAGAACGGCUCCAGCUAGGAACAAGCUGUGAACCUCAAUCGAACAAUCACAUUCCUCUGAAUCACUCUGCAAACAGCACCAUCCUGUGGUCAGGGGAUUCGAGCCAGGGUAUGAGUCUUGCUCUGCCUUCCAUGGGACACCCCUUGGCUGUAUCUGAUGGUUCAGUGGUGGCAGGACACCAGUAUACUCAUUCUCUGUUAAACCUGCUUCACAAUGAUCGCCCCGACCUGGGCACAGUGGUGGUCAACCCCUCCAAACAAGACCACAUUUCUGAAUGGACAAAGUAUCCCAGAUUUGGGAACCAGAUGAGUUCUGAAGUCAACCUUGACUCUGGUGUACAGGUGAUAGAGAAGAAGGAUUUUUAUUGGUGUUAAUGGAUCAUUAAUUAAGAUUUAAUACCAAGAACCAAAAGGUCUCUUGUCUCUUUCUUUGUACUGGCCAAGUGAAAAAGAACCUUGCAAUACUUUACCUGAAGACUGCAUCUCCAACCUGUUUAGAAACUUGCUGUUCGAGUACCACAGAACAGAAGAUUGUGCAAGAGUUUGGCCUCAGGUUAUAUGGUUAAAGACACUUUACACGCACACAGAAACACAUACAAACAGAAUAUUUUGUAUUUCUUUCAUAUGAUAAACAGAAAAGAACGUUCAUUUGUAGCAACUAGAUUAGACUUCUUUCUUGUUUUUUGAAGAUUUUGUGACAAUCUCAAACUUCUGACAGACUUAUUAACCUAUUUAUGUAACAUUUACCUUGUUAGAAAGCCACAUCAGAACAUUGAAUAACUUUGUAAAAUCAGCAUUGGUGCACAAUUAUUUGUUGAUUACAGUGUAUUUGUAAAUUAUUUGCAAAUUUAUAAAUUAGUAAAUUGGCUAUAGUAUAUAGAAACUGGGUAAAAUAUGGAUGUUUUAGUUAAAGCCAUUUAGUUAAAUGGCUUGGCAAUAGUGCAUACAUACAGUAUAAAAUAUUGUAUUAUAGAGUCCAAGUAUCAUUAAUGCAAGAUGGAUUCACAUUUACAUAAAGAUAUAAGCAUAAAACAUAUUUCAGUGCAUAUUUUACAUUAAAGCAA